CGUACAAGCAAAGUAUUACUAACGAUCAAUUGCAAGUUUUAGAAACUGGAAAUAGUAAAGGUUUCAAAUGGUCAAAGGAAACCGUUCUAAAAGCACUAGGCUUACGUUUUACUUGUGGAACUACAGGUUAUAAUUAUAUAAGAGAAGUUGUUGCUCCUUUUCCUUCUGUCAGGACUUUACAGCGGAAUGUAGAAAAUAUAUCUUUUGAACCAGGACUUUUGACAGAUAUUUUUCUUUUAAUGAAAGAAAUGGGAAAAAAUUUAGAUAACAUUCACAAAUUCUGUUGUCUUGUUUUUGAUGAGAUGAGCAUUCAAGAAAGAAUAGAUUUCGAUAGAAAUACUAAUUCUUAUAUUGGAUACGUAACUUUACCUGGUGUACCUCGGACAACUCACUCAGUAGCAUCUAAAUUACUCGCUUUUCUUCUCAGUGGAAUAUGUAAAAGGUGGAAGCAGAUAGUAGCAUACCACUUCACGCCUUUACAAACACACAGUAAAACUAUUAAAGAAAUAAUAUUAAACAUACUAGAAGAAUGUGAAAAAAAUGGUUUUAUUAUAAUUUGUUUAGUUUGUGAUAUGGGUAAUCGUGGCGUUUUGAAUGAACUUGGAUUCAGCUGCAAGAAAAAUAAAAUGGUGUUCAGUAUUCCUCAUCCAUUCAACCCGUUAAGAAAUUUGUACGCUGUUCCAGAUUUUAUUCAUACGUUUAAAAAUUUAAAAGAAAUGUUAAUGAAAAUUGGUGUUAUUAUAUUACAUAUGAAAUAUGUAGAGUGGCUUGAAGAUAAACAAUCCGAUAUAAAUCUAAAAUUUAAUCCGAAAUUGAAGAAGAAAGAUUUGAAGCCUAAUCACUUCAAUAAAAUGAAGGUUACCACAGCUACCAACGUUAUCAGUCCUGAAACUGCAGGAGCUCUUUACCGCCUCACGGCCAAAGCCUUCUGCUCUGGAAUGCAAAAACCGCCUGAAGCAAUUAGCUCUAUCACGUAA